AUGGAGCUGAGGGAACUGGAGGCCAAACAGGCUGAGCGUAAACAUCAAGAUGAGGUGAGCAAGCAGAAGAAGGUUGCAGAGGAGCAGGGAAAACGUGACCGGCAAGCAGAGCAGGAACAGUCCCAAGUUGCAUUUACAGGCGCAAUCAAGACCAAAAAAUUGGACGAGCUAUGUGAUAUAGCUGCAGCCUUGCGAUUACCGGAGACUGGACUCAAGGCAGAGCUGCUCCAGCGAAUUGUGCAGUUCUUUGAUGGCCAACCUGAACUCAAGAAAAACCAGCGGUACGAGGGUUUAUUCAAUCACCCCCAUUCUCGCAGGUGGCAUGUUGAAACCAACAAUAACACUAUUGAGUCAGUACCACAAGACACAAGUCAUCAAAAUUCAAUUCAUGAACCAUUUGGCGGCUAUCAACCCCCCACAUUAUCCCAUGCACCAUUCCGCACUUCAGCUUCAGCCUCCCCCUAUUCCAAGUCCUCACUUUGCGCUGCCGCCAGCACUGGCCAGUAG